AUGUCCUUCUUUGUUCCAAGGUCCAAGCCAACUGAACAAGAAUCGAAGAAAUCGGUUCCUUGGGUAGAAUUAUAUCGUCCCAAAUCCUUAGACCAAGUUUCUUCUCAGGAAGCUACCAUUCAGGUAUUAACAAAGACAUUGCUGUCCAACAAUUUACCACAUAUGCUCUUCUAUGGCUCUCCUGGUACGGGAAAAACUUCUACAAUUUUGGCUUUGGCUCGAGAACUCUUUGGGCCUCAACUAAUGAAAUCAAGAAUAUUGGAAUUAAAUGCUUCUGACGAGCGAGGUAUCUCCAUUAUCCGAGACAAGGUGAAAACAUUUGCGAAGACCACCGUUUCAAAUUCGGUAGAUGGAUAUCCCUGCCCUCCUUUCAAAAUUAUUAUUCUUGAUGAAGCUGAUUCAAUGACCCAAGAUGCUCAAGCAGCGCUUCGUCGAACUAUGGAAAUGUACGCAAAAAUUACCAGAUUCUGUUUAAUCUGCAAUUAUAUGACUAGGAUCAUCGAUCCUCUAGCCAGCCGUUGUAGUAAAUAUCGUUUUAAACCUUUGGAUGCUGAAAAUAUUUCUAAAAGGCUAGAAUUUAUUGCUACAGAUCAAAAUGUCGAAAUGGAACCCGGUGUUGUUGAUGCUCUUGUAAAAUAUUCUGGCGGAGAUAUGAGAAAAGCUAUCACAUUUUUACAAAGUGCUGCGACUCUUCAUCAGGGAAUGCCGGUCACUGUAGCCAGUAUUGUUGAACUUGCAGGAGCCGUUCCUUCAAACACCAUUCGUACUUUGCUUGAUACAGCCUAUACCAAAGAUAUCUUGAAGAUCGAGGCUGUGACGCGCGAAGUAGAAGCAGAAGGCUAUUCAACUGGAAUUAUUCUAUCACAGUUGCAUGAUGUUAUUUUGGAUGAAGAAACACUUAGCAGUCCAGCAAAACACAAGAUUUUCAUAAAAUUAUCAGAAAUCGAUAAGCGCCUUUCUGAUGGAGCGGAUGAAGCCCUUCAAUUACUAGAUCUACUCUCCUUUAUCUCUGUUGUUUCUUAA